UGGUAUUAUAUAGGUCUUAGCCAAAACAUGUGAUAGUCAGUGAAGGGGUAGCUGGAAAGAGAAGUGUGUGGCUCAAUUAACCAGCUCAGGCAGACCUUGUGAGAAGUAGAGGAAGAAUGCUCCUGGCUGCUUUGUACUGCCUGCUGUGGAGUUUCCAGACCUCCGCUGGCCAUUUCCCUCGAGCCUGUGCCUCCUCCAAGAACCUGAUGGAGAAGGAAUGCUGCCCCCCAUGGGGGGGUGACGGGACUCCCUGUGGCCAGCUCUCAGGCAGGGGUUCCUGUCAGGACAUCAUUCUUUCCAAGGCACCACUGGGACCUCAGUUCCCCUUCACAGGGGUGGAUGACCGGGAGUCUUGGCCCUCCGUCUUUUACAAUCGGACCUGCCAGUGCUUUGGCAACUUCAUGGGAUUCAACUGUGGAAAUUGUAAGUUUGGCUUUUGGGGACCCAACUGCACAGAGAGGCGACUUUUGGUGAGAAGAAACAUCUUUGAUUUGAGUGUCCCAGAGAAGAACAAAUUUCUUGCCUACCUCACUUUAGCGAAACAUACUACCAGCCCAGACUACGUCAUCCCCACCGGCACCUAUGGCCAGAUGAAGAAUGGAUCAGCACCCCUUUUUAAUGAUAUCAGCAUUUAUGACCUCUUUGUCUGGAUGCAUUAUUAUGUGUCAAGGGACACACUGCUUGGAGACUCUGAAAUCUGGAGAGAGAUUGAUUUUGCUCAUGAAGCCCCAGGCUUCCUGCCUUGGCAUAGGCUCUUCUUGCUGCGGUGGGAACAAGAAAUCCAGAAGCUGACAGGGGAUGAGAACUUCACUAUUCCAUACUGGGAUUGGCGAGAUGCAGGAAAUUGUGACAUUUGCACAGAUGAGUACAUGGGAGGGCACAACCCUGCAAACCCUAAUCUGCUCAGCCCAGCAUCCUUCUUCUCCUCUUGGCAGAUCGUUUGCAGCCAAUUGGAGGAGUACAAUAGCCGCCAGGCUUUAUGCAAUGGGACAUCCGAGGGACCAUUACUGCGCAAUCCUGGAAACCAUGACAAAGCCAGGACCCCACGGCUCCCCUCCUCAGCUGAUGUGGAAUUUUGCCUGAGUUUGACACAGUAUGAAUCAGGUUCCAUGGAUAAAGCUGCCAACUUCAGCUUUAGAAACACACUGGAAGGAUUUGCUAGUCCACUUACAGGGAUAGCAGACGCCUCUCAAAGCAGUAUGCACAAUGCCUUGCACAUCUACAUGAAUGGAACAAUGUCCCAGGUACCAGGAUCUGCCAACGAUCCCAUUUUCCUUCUUCAUCAUGCAUUUGUUGACAGUAUUUUUGAACAGUGGCUUCGAAGGCACCAUCCUCUUCAAGAAGUUUAUCCAGAAGCCAAUGCACCCAUUGGGCACAACCGGGAAUCCUACAUGGUUCCUUUUAUACCUCUCUAUAGAAAUGGUGACUUCUUUAUCUCAUCCAGAGAUCUGGGCUAUGACUAUAGCUAUCUACAAGAUUCAGAACCAGACAUUUUUCAAGAUUACAUUAAGCCCUACUUAGAACAAGCAAGUCAGAUCUGGCCAUGGCUCAUUGGGGCAGCCUUGGUAGGAUCUGUCCUUACUGCUGUGCUGGGAAGACUCACUAGCCUGUUGUGUCGUCGAAAGAGAAAGCGGCUUCCUGAAGAAAAGCAGCCGCUCCUUAUGGAGAAGGAGGAUUACCACAGCGUGUUGUAUCAGAGCCAUUUAUAAAAGGUUUAGGCACUAGCGUUGGGUCAAAAAAACCUGACCUCACUCUAAAAUAAAUGAUGUUAAUGUCCCCAGGGUAUAUCCCAGCAGAAAUCCUUGGAAUGUGUCUAUGAAGACCAUUAUCAGAAUUGUUAUCUUAAUACAAAGAGUAUCCCUUCUCCUACUCAGGUAGAAGCCACCUGUGCUUGCUUCGCUAUGUUUUGAUCAUUCCCUUAAUAGUUUUCCUCAAGCCCAUAUUUCCAAGGAAAGGAUGCCAUUUGGUAAUGAGUAACUGCUAGUCAUAUCUGAAUGAAAGUGCUCUUAUAAAAUAUGAGAACAGUUGUGAUUAUUUUCCUCCUGAUUGCUUAGUGACGUUUCUUUUAUUAUCCCCUUUCUUUGACUUUAAUAAAAUAGUAACAAGUUUA